AUGGAGGGCCACUCAACACUAUCUGCCAGUCACUCAUACGAUCCUGGCGGCGGUGGCGGGUGUCACUCUCCUUCCCCUCAUCUCGCCACUUGUCCCCCCUCCGCGCCGCCGGCUGGGCUCUCAUCCUGUCACCCGUCCCUGUCGGCCGAGUGCUGCACGAACUGCGACGACUUAGAGGAACGUGAAGACUUAGACGAACGGUUCUGUACUCCUCCCCCUGACGACAGAAACGCUGCUGCGAUCUACAUCCUCAAGGGACUCAUGGCUUCGCCCUGUGGCCGCACACCUGGAAGCGACGAAUGCCUUGCUUCGAAGGAAGACAGUCCGCUGAAGCUAUCAACAUGGGGUACCAUGACACUCGCUCAAGUCGACAACCUGUUUGUCGAACUUGCUCUGGACGAGUUCAAGAAGAUCAUACCUGGCGAGGAUCGAUCCCACGAGCAGCUGAAGGGUCUCCCGAAAUUUACAUUUCUCAAGAAGCUGUCGAGCGAACAUCGGAAGUAUAAUCCCUUGUGCGACGCGUUCAACGCAGUUGAGGAGCUAGCCGAGACACGCAAUCGAUGGAAGAAUAUAGCACACAUCCCAGAAGAUGCUCACACGGACCAUCGGCCAGACAUCGGGUCGUAUUGCGAGGCGUUAGAGGGCGCAGUUGUCGCAUAUCAAGAUGGCGUGAGACCGCUGAAACGGAAGCGUGCAAGGUCAGGGAAGGUAGAACCGACAAGGACAAGCAGGUCGAAACGUGCGAAGAUGCCGAAGACGAAAGGGGACGACCCAGUUGCAUCAGAAGCCUCAGACUCGGAAGGCUCGGACUCAGACUCUGAGUAUGAAGAGGACGAGAUGGUGAACGACGGCUACAGAGCGCGUACCGCUUGGGGAUGGCUAGUCAGCUUUGUGGAGGUCAAGGACGACGAGAAGGAUUCUGGAUUCCACUUCGAGCAGGAAGCAGAUAAGGACGGAAAGCCUAUGCUCCUUCGGGACGGCGACAAACCGAGGGCUGCGAGGGCCCAGUUCAUCAAGUACUUCACCGAGGCCAUGCUUCGUCAGCAUCGGACCCACUACUUCGCUUUCUACAUCGCAGGGACUUGGGCCCGUGUGUUUCGGUGGGACCGUCUCGGAUGCCUUGUAUCCCCGGCUAUCAAUCUCUCGAAGGACUCGGAGAUCUUCUACAACAUUGUGUACCGAAUUUCCCGAUUGAACGCAUGGGGGUUCGACGAGACAGCUGUGCUGGCGUCUUCCGAGGACGUUCAGAAGCUCGAAGGUUACAACAACGUCGAUGAAUAUCUCCAGCAGUACCGCGACAUGAUAUUAGACUAUCGUGCAUUUUACCCGAUCUACAAAGUUUCUUGUCCGAUUGUUUCGAUGGAUGGCUCCGAUACCCAUGGUGCGACGAAGAGCUACCUGAUAGGUCGCCACAUAUCCGGCCAUUACUCGCCGACAGGCAGGUGCACGCGAGGAUACAUUGCAUUCGACCUUGACAGUCACGAAUUGGUGUUCUUCAAAGACCAGUGGUGUUGUCUAGGUCGUGUCCGAACGGAGCUGGAGACGUACAAGCGGUUGCACCAACACGAAGUCCCGCAUAUUGCCCUGCCUAUGGCAGGCGGCGACGUCGGUCGUCAUGGCACGUUGACACAGGACUAUCUGACGCACAUUCCGCACGAGGAGAGACACUCGCGACGGGUUCAUACUCGUCUGGUGACCAAGCAAGUUGGCUUGAUGCUGGAGACGUACAAGGAUUCGGCAGAGCUACUGAUAAUAGUGGGCCACGCGCUUGUCGCACACUGGAGGGCGUGGGAGAAUGCCGGGGUCCUGCACCGGGAUGUGAGCGUUGGGAACAUCAUGAUAGAUGCAGCUACCGGGGCUGGAUUCCUCAACGACUGGGACCUCGCGAAGUUCAAGGAAGACAUGGACAAACUUGUACCCGCAUCCGAGCCCGCGGGCAUUUCUGGUACUAUACCUUUCAAGUCGGUGCUAUCGCUGCGGUAUCCGCGGAAACCGCCUGAAGUGGCCGAUGACAUCGAGUCGUUCAUCUAUGUGAUAGCUUUCAUGGGGAUGCGGUUUAACUGGCACCAGUUCAGUCCUCAGGACAGGAAGGUGCCCUCAACGCGUGAGAAGAGAAACGAGUUCAACAACACGAACAGUCGUCUGGCCGUUGCGGUGAACAGCUUCUUCUUUCAAGACGAACCUGUCGGCCAAGGUUUCGUUAUGGGCGGAGUGACGAAGCUAUCAUUGAUCAGUCUCAGGCAGCUACCUGUCGUGUUUCUCCCUCACAAUGACAGGAAGCCUCUGAUUGAAGUGUUUUUGACCAAGGCAUGGGACCUUCUCAAUCAGCACUAUAGUCAGCUGGACCUCAAGCGAUACGCGACGUACGAGGUGAAACCAAGCGACAAGGCGCGACCAGACGAGUCCGACAAGCCCAGGCCUCAGCCUAAGGCACGCGAUCUGAAACUGUCGGUAUUUCUUGAGAUGACGCCUGGCGCGACGCUGCGACCGAGGGACGACGUAGGUUCAGCCUCCCAAAUCAUUGCCGCUAACGCAGCCCCGCCCGCGGGCCCACGCGGGGGACUCGACCAUCGCGCUCUCAACGAAGUUCUCAAGUCUCUGUUCUUCGACGACGAUAACAAUGAGCGCGACAUAUCAGUAUAUUACGAAGACAAGGCUUUCGAUCAGCUCGUCCACCAAGGAAUUAUCACUUCGCAGAUGUGGUCCCGCGAAAGGGUGAGCCUAUUCUCUGGUGGGAGGCAGAACCCUGGAGGCGUGGUGAUUUCCGGAAGCUCGACCUCGCCGCUCAGUAAGGGACCCACGCCCCAAGAUGCGCAGGAAGCGGGCGCUCAGCCCGGAUCCCCCGACGGUGAAGACGGUAUCGAGGAAGGAUCACGACAGCGACGGCGUACGAGAAGCGCAGCAAAAUCUGCUCUCGGAACGAUACCCGAGGAGCUCGAGGAAUCUGCCCCAGCGAGGCUACCCCGAACAACGACCUCGAAAGCCAAAGGGAAAGCUGCGUUGAAGCCCAAAGCUGCGAUCGAGCCCGACACUGAGACUACAACGAUAGGAAAGCUGAAGACUCCCGCAUCGCGCAAGCCCAGAGGUACAGUUGCAAGGGCAGCUGCACCGAGCCGGAGAGUGGCACGCAAAGACAUACCUCCUCCGAAAGAUAAUGCGCCACAGGUCAAGAUUGGUGCCAAAGCUACAACUUCUCGCAAAACUGAAACAUCGCGCAAACGUGGCGGUUCAGAGAGAGAGGCGCUGACGAGGGCCACCGGCAAACCUGCUGCGGUCGUGGGAUCCAAAGGAGGGGCUGUGAAGACGGGGCGCGGCAGGAAACCCUCUUCACCCGAGCAGGAGUUCUCUGAAAAUACACAGCUGAGAAGAUCCUCUCGCCUUGCGCAGAAAGGGGAGCGAAGAUGAAACUGUUCUCAAGUCCAACCUCCGACUCUAGUCACCUACAUCUGUACCACUCCGCUUUAUCUGUAUGUCAAU